AUGGCUCCUCCAUUAAUGCCAACAACAGAAACUGGGAGAUUGUUGAGUGAGUAUUUGCAGAAUGACAAAGCAUUGUUUUACGAGUUUAUGGAGAAAGAAUUGGAAAAUUUGGAAUGUAUGAGGAAAGAAGCAUUACUUCGAUGUGUUUAUAGCGUUGAAACCGAUGAAGUUAUUCUUCACAGGAAAAUCUAUGAGAUGAAAAAAGUGGAAUGUCAAAAAGUUGUAGAGGAUGUUAUGUACAUGUUCAUAGUCUACAAGUUCUCUGAAAUUGGGGUGCAUUUGGUUCCUAAGCUUUCGAAUUGCAUGUGCAAUGGAAGGCUCGAGAUAUCGCCAUGCAAGAACUUGGAACUCGAGUCGAUUCAUAGCGAUGAAGUACUUGCAAUGGUUAAGGAAAUACGAUGGGAACACAAGAACAAGUCGAAUGUGAAAGAUAAUUUGGGAGUCACUCAGAUCAAAAAGGAUUAUAUUCGUUAUGUGUAUGGUUCUUCGAUGUUGUAUGGAUACUUCUUAAAGUCCGCUUCGUUGAGAUACCAUUUGGAAAAGAGUUUUGAUACAACUAAUUCUAACAACCUCUCAUUUUCAAGUUCAUGUCACUUGAAACAAAAGAGUGUUCCCAUCGAGGGGAAGAAGUAUGACAAUUUGAAGUCUUACGUCGAGAAAUUUGAUAAUCAAACAAUGAAAAUGUGUAGAAAACCAAAAUUCAACGUGACGAUGAGUCUGAUGGAGAAGCAUUACUCUGCUCUUUUUGGCGAUGAGAAUCAACAUGAGGAAGUUUCAACGUCAUUCACGAGUCUAAAGAGGUUUGUGUUGGAGGCUGUUCCUUUGGGAGGCAGAAUUUCACUUUAG